UUCUGACAUACGAAGGAUGCCCAAACUGGUCAAGAGGAUCUUCGAACUCACCAUUGACGGUGUUGAAGUCGUUUAUGUGCAGUGAUAUUCUCCAUCCCCGUUGAACGGGAAUGGUGUGGGUUCGCUAGAGGUAACUGGAGUGUCCACUUUUCCAGACAGCAGUUUUCUCUGGUUUGUUGAUAGUCUGAAAGGCAGCAGGAUGGAGGACGAUGAUUCGAAUGAUGGAUCUUUGGCCAUGCGCAGAGGCCGAAGGUCUCGUGGAAAUGAAGCCUCAGACAAGAGGAAGAGUCAACUGCAGAAAAUCAGAGAUGCGAAGCAGUAUGGUAUCCGGUCAGAAAUGGAGGUCGGUGAGAAAGAGGACGUCUAUGACCUCGUUGACGAGAAAGAGUAUCAGGCGGUUGUUCGCAAGCGCCAAGAGGACGACUUUGUCAUAGGCGCUGAUGCUGAGGGAUACAACGAUACUGGCAGAGAGAUAUUUGAAGAGGAGCAGGAAGAGCCCGCGGAGGCCCCGUCAUCGUCGUCAAGUACCUCCAAAGGAGGGUUUGGCUCUCAUCGGUCUACUAAACCACAGAGGACAAAGCGCUCUGCGUCCGUAUUGAGCAUGUUCAAGCAGAAUGCGGCCAAGCGACCCAAGAAAGAGGAGAACGUAUCUCUGGAUGGCGACAACCUGCUGAACGACAUCCUCAUGGAGGUCAAGACCGCACCGGCGCCGAUACACACCCCGUCACGCUCCAGGCCAGCUGGUUCUGUCCAGUCCAGUCCGAAAGGUCAUACUCGGAUCGACUCGCCUUCUGUACUUCACCUCCAAGCGUGCAACGCAAGACCCGCAAAAGGCACACCGAUGUCGGGCACCCCGAUGUCAGGCACACCGUCGCGUAUUGGCCGUGGCGUGCGGCCGCGUCACAUGUCCUUGCCGCACUCAGCCGGCGGUGCCAAUCUGUCCUCCCUAUCGCCAAACUACGACACGCCACAGCUCAGCGGUGGCGGGAGCUCGAGCAUUGCCCAGGCGACGAGCGCAAGCCCUGCCAGCUUUGCGUCGCCGGAGCUGCCCCGCUCCGUGCAUCGCCACCCCACAGCCGCUGCUGCUUCUAAUGGCUCUGCUGCAACUUCCCAGGCUAAAGCUGGAGAUAGUAAUGGUGCUUCGUUUACUAAUGGUGAUGUAAAUGAUGGUUUUGGUGACAUUGCGAUGGACAUGGAUGGCUUUGCUGAUAUGGUGGAUGAUGAUUGGGGUGUGGAGACGGACCAGGGAUCUACUGCAAAUGGUGCGUCACCCACAUUGCCUAGUCAUGCAAACGGCUCGGCGGAGCCUGCGAAGCCUAAAAUGAAGGAUGAAGAUAUCCCCAUGGAGAGUACAAAGGAAGAUGGUGUUGCAUUCGCUGGUAUGGCUACCGAGGAGCCCACGCACAGUAUGUCGGUGGACUCUAGUGAUGUCACCUUCACCGAUCUGACCCAUGAUGUCGACGGUGUUUCUGCAUUGCAAUUCUACUGGAUAGACUUGUACGAAGAAGCCCGUGAGAAGCCAGGUUCGGUGCACGUCUUUGGCAAGGCACCGCGGCAGGACAAGAAGACGGGUCGUACAACGUUUGUCAGCUGCUGCAUGCAUGUUAACAACAUUGAGCGCAAGAUGUACUUUCUGCCUCGUGCCAAGAAACUGGACAAGAAUGGCCAAGAGACAGAUGAGGAUGUAACCAUCAUGGAUGUGUACCAGGAAUUCAACGACAUUGUGUCGACCAAGUACAAGAUUAUGCGCUAUCUGUCCAAGAAAGUCACCAAGAAGUACUGCUUUGACAUUCCAGGCAUUCCGGCAUCCUCCGAUUACCUAGAGAUCAAGUACUCGUUCUCUUAUCCAGCUUUGCCAGCAGACCUGUCCGGCAGAACGUUCAGCCGUGUGUUUGGAACAAGCACAUCUUGUCUGGAACGCUUUGUGCUGGAUCAGAAGCUGAAAGGUCCCUGCUGGCUGCAGAUCAAUGAGCCCAAGAAGCCACAUGCCGCAUCCAGCUGGUGCAAAGUGGAGGUAUUGGUUGACAAACCUGACGAGGUGUUACUUGUGCCUGACCAUCUAGCACGUACUCCACCACCCGUGGUUGUCAUGAGCAUGCGGAUGAGAACAAUGAUCAAUCCGAAAUCGAAAAGUCACGAGAUCAUGGCUAUCUGCUGUCGGAUGCACUACAACAUACCACUGACGAAGCCAGUGAAAACCAAGGACAAGGUCAAUAUCGACAUGUCGUCUUUCGCUGCUAGCGGAAAGAAAUCUGAUGAGCCUGCAUAUGACACUCCAACAGAUGAUUUCUUUUGUGUUGUGUCCAAGCCGUCUGAUCAACAGUACCCGAAGGAGUUCAUGAACAAGGUGGACAGACGUGUUGAGAAAACGUCAUCAGAGCGUGGACUGCUCAACUUCUUCUUGGCGAAGAUAGCCAAUAUCGAUCCAGAUGUUAUCGUUGGUCACGACUUCACGUCAUUUGACCUGGAUAUUCUCCUGCAUCGGCUACGGACACACAAGGUCAGCUUCUGGUCCAAGCUGAGUCGACUCCAAAGAAAGGAGAUUCCGCGCAAACAGAGCGGAGGCAGUAACAUGUUCACAUGUCGCAGUGCCACCGCCGGCCGGUUGGUGUGUGAUGUGAAGACGUCCUGCGCAGAGCUCAUCCACUGCCGCAGCUACGACCUGGCAUCGCUGUCCAACGUGGUGCUGAGCAAGCCCUACGAGCCCAUGGCACUGGCCGAUGUGCCUCUCUGUUAUGUGAAUUCCCGCGGUAUCUACAAGCUCAUUGAUCAAACUCUUGGUGAAGCCACCUACGCUCUGUUCAUCAUGUAUAAUCUCAACGUUCUCCCAUUGUCACUGCAAAUCACUCGCUUGGCUGGAAAUGUCUUAUCGCGGACUCUGCAAGGUGGCCGCUCGGAGAGGAACGAGUUCCUGCUGCUGCACGCUUUCACGGAGCGAGACUACAUUUGCCCGGACAAGGCACCGUACUCCAAAGGCCGUCAGCCAGCAAUGGACGCGACACUGGGUAUGGAUGAUGACGAAGCUGUGGCGGCAGACGCGGCAGCAUCCGCUGGUAACAAGAAAGGCCGACGGAAGCCGCAGUACAGCGGAGGUCUCGUCUUGGAUCCCAAGAGAGGUUUCUAUGACAAAUUCAUCCUGCUGCUGGAUUUUAACAGCUUGUAUCCGUCUCUGAUUCGCGAGUACAACAUCUGCUUCACAACGGUUGAGACCAAGUUUGACACGAGUGCUGAAGGCGAAGAUGACAUUCCCUGUCUGCCAGCGAGCGACUUGGACCAGGGCGUGCUGCCAGCGCAAAUUGCUAUUUUGGUUGACCGUCGCCGUGAGGUCAAGAAUGAGAUGAAGCGAGCGGCUGCUGGUUCAGAUCUGUACGCACAACUAGAUGUGCGGCAAAAAGCCCUGAAGCUCACUGCAAACAGUAUGUACGGAUGUCUUGGAUUCGCUCAGUCCCGGUUUCGCGCCAAGCACCUUGCAGCACUGGUUACGUUCAAGGGUCGUGAGACACUUGCUCGAACGAAGGAGUUGGUUGAGCAGAUGGGUCUGGAAGUGGUGUACGGUGAUACGGAUUCCAUCAUGAUCAACACCAACUCACGCAACUUUGAAGAUGUCCACAAGCUGGGCAAUAAGGUCAAGGCUGAAGUUAACAAGCUGUACACGUGUCUACAGAUUGAUAUUGAUGGUAUCUUCAAGUCUAUGCUACUGCUCAAUAAGAAGAAGUAUGCAGCCGUCACAAUCCAGCAGAAGCCCGAUGGGACGUUCAGUGAGCAUCGGGAAGAGAAGGGUCUGGAGACAGUACGUCGCGACUGGUGUAACCUGGCCAAGAAAGCCGGAGUUGAUGUCAUGGAAAAGAUCUUCUCGGUUGCGCUUGAAAACUUGCUGGAGGAAGUACCGACAUACCUUGCAAACUUACGGGAGAACAUCAAGACUUACCCUCUGGAUCAGUUUGUCAUCACGAAGAAUCUGAAGAAGGAGGCGUUUGAGUACAAUGACGCAAAGAGCCUAGCUCAUGUACUGGUGGCGUUACGAUUAGCUAAGGCCAAGACACAUCACUUCGGUGCUGGUGAUACUGUGCCGUAUGUGAUCUGCGAGGAUGGCUCAUCUAACUCGGCAAUGCAGCGUGCGUAUCACCCGGAUGAACUGCGCAAGAACAGCGAUCUGACAAUUGACUACAAGUACUAUUUGAAGGAUCAAGUUCACCCCGUCGUCAGUCGUCUCUGCGAGCCCGUCGACUCCCUGGAUGCUGCUAUGGUGGCUGAGUAUCUGGGCCUGGACAGGAGUGCAUAUCGCAAGGCUGCAGCUGCUGUCGAGGAGGACGAGAAUGACCUUGCCCUGGGCUUCACGACAGAUUCUGAAAUCCUCUUCAAGGAUGCACAACAGCUGGAAGUGCCGUGCCCGUCAUGUUCAGUGCCGUGCAAAGUGGAGGGUCUCCUGCAGUCUGAUUUGGCAAAGAUGGCCAUUCCCAAGUGUGCUCAGUGUAGUGAGAACCUGAAAUUGCCGUACCUCGGCAAUCGCCUUCUCACCGAAAUGCAGUCGUUCAUCCAGACGUACUAUGAGGGCUGGCUGAUGUGUGCUGAUGCUGCUUGUUCACAUCGCACUCGCUCCGUUCCGCUGACUGUGAUGCAAGGACAUCCGGCGUGUCCGCUCUGCAGGAAAGCCAAUCUCAAGCCAGAGUACACCGACACAAUGCUCUACAACCAACUGCUAUACUACAGCCGCCUGUUUGACGUUGACUGGUUCCGCAAGUCCAAGAAGAAGGGACAAGGUGAGGUUCUAGACGUCCCCUUCCAAGGCAUGUGUGAGUCGCUUCACCGUGUCGCGGCGCGUUUCCUCGAACAGAGCGGCUACUCGGUCGUGGACCUUGGGCAGCUGUUUGCUCCGCUCCGCUUGUAAGUCGGGCGUCGAUCGAUCAGAACACGCUCUCCCUCCUUGCCGAAUACGACUCCGAUCUGUGUCCUCUUCCUCUCACUGUCUUUCUGCUCUUUCCUCCUUUUCCCAUCGUUAGUGUAUUUCCUGUUUUGGAAUUUGUUGUCAGGGCUGGUUCCUACCCACACAACUGUAUCUUGAUGUUGAACUUCUUCUCAUUUUUUAUUGUUUUUGUUUUCACUGUGCGGGCUGGAUUGUUGCUGUAUUUCUUGCUGUGCUUGCCUACGUAGUUCUUUCUGCCUUGCUCAUAUUAUUAUUAUUGUUAUUAUUGAUGAAAAUACUCCUGUGUUUCCAUGCUAGAUUGUGCCGUGGCACGCUGUAAACGACUAAUACGUCCACAGUGCCAUGUCCGGGUUAGAGAACAGUGUACAUAAUUCUAAGUUUACUUUCCUAUUCGAUCUACCUAAUGCCAAACCGGAACAUUAUCUGACAGAUUGCUAAUUAGCGCCCGUGGUGUGUCCCUCCUUUCAAGUGGAUAGUCACAGCCUUUUGCCUCUGUUGUUUGUGAAGUGGAUAAUCACGCGUGUUUCUCUGGACUUCACGUUCCAUCUCGCUGGCCGUGUUUUUCAAGGUGUUUGCGACCGGAAGCACACUAGCUCUUUUCAUUUUGCGGUCUGCACAUUUGCAAUGCAUUGAGACUUGAAUCCGACAACCCCUGCCGUGUGGUACGCAUUUCCGAAGAGAGUGUUGCGCUGCACUGGA